AUGGUGACCGUGGGUCUGAGCUUGACGGCCGCUGCCGGCGCCAUUGAGGUAACAUGGGACGACGACGAAUCCAUCAAGUCCGCUGCAGGCACGGCCGCCUACGGGUUAGUCAAGUAUUACACCGGAAACAACACUGGGUGGGAGGCCGGUGCCAUGUUCGGCACGCUGGUUGAUUAUUGGUGGCUCACGGGGGACGACUCGUACAACGCAAUCACCACGCAGGCCUUGCUCCACCAGGCGGGCGACGAUGAUGACUACAUGCCCCAGAACCAGACCUUGACCGAAGGGAACGACGACCAGGGCUUCUGGGCGAUGGCUGCCAUGUCGGCGGCCGAGCACAAGUAUCCCAACCCGCCCGAGGGCAAGCCGCAGUGGCUCGCCCUCGUCCAGGCCGUCUUCAACGAGUACGUCAGCCGCUGGGACACGGAGCACUGCGGCGGGGGCGUGCGAUGGCAGAUCUUCACCUGGAACGCCGGGUUCGACUACAAGAACUCCAUCUCCAACGGGUGCUUCUUCAACGUGGCCGCGCGCCUGGCCCGCUACACCGGCAACACCACCUACUCGGACUGGGCCGAGAAGGUCUGGGACUGGCAGACGGACGUCGGCCUGCUCACCGCCGAGCACGAGGUCCUGGACGGCGUGCACUUCGAGGGGAAGUGCCCCAGCUCCACCGACAGCACCAAGUGGUCCUACAACGCCGGCAUCUUCCUCUACGGGGCCGCCGUCAUGUACAACGUCACGGAGAGCGACACGUGGAAGACGCGCGUCGACGGCAUGCUCGAGGACAUCAGCCAGCACUUUGUCCAGAACGAGACCAUCUACGAGGCCUACUGCGAGCCGACGGCGCAGUGCAGCCAGGACGCGCAGAGCUUCAAGGGCUACCUCGCCCGCUGGAUGGCCGCCACGUCGCAGGUCGCGCCGCACACGUCCGACUCCAUCCGCAAGCUGCUGCUGUCGAGCGGGGAGAAGGCGGCCAAGGCGUGCUCCGGGUCGCCCGCCUCGGGCUUCAAGGGCCACCCGGGCACGGCGUGCGGCUUCUCCUGGCUGAGCGAGACGUUCGACGGCCUGGUGGGCGUGGGCCCGCAGAUGACGUCCCUGCAGACCAUCAUGUACAACCUCGUCCGGUCGGCCGACGGACCCGUCACGGUCAACAGCGGAGGCAACUCCAAGGGCAACCCCGACGGGGGCAAGAGCGACGACGGCUCGGGCACGGCGAAGAAGACCUUUGCGGAGAUCACGACGGGGGACAGGGCCGGGGCGGCCAUCCUGACCAUCCUUGUCACGGGUGGCGUUGUCGGCGGCACUGCUUUUCUUCUUAUUUAG